AUGGCGCCAAGAUACGGGUUUCAUGCGGUGUUCUUCCGCGGAUUUGCUCCGGUUCGGUCUGUUCAUCUCGAGAUAAACACGAACAAUUGUGUGGAAAAGCUUCUCGCCGCUGCAAGGGCUUGCGAUCAUCACGACGUUUUUACGCUGCGAUUCACCAACGAGAAAUUGAUCGAAUUCAUGUCUACCGGAGAACACUUCAUCGAAUAUUUUGUGAAACCCUACUGCAUCGAUCAUCCUUAUAGCGCCUCGAAACCGAUCAAUAUCAUAAUGUAUUCCGAGGAUGAGUAUAACGCAUACAUUCAAGCCGUCAAUGAGCAAGGUCAAACGGGGACUAAAGAAAAAGAGUGCAUCUUGAUAUGCGACCGUUGCAACAAACCAAUCACUGGCCACAGAUUCCGUUGUGUGAUUUGUCCGAAAUUCGAGCUCUGUCAAGACUGUGAAGCCGAAGGAGCCCACGCGGAACAUGGAAUGAUUCGAAUGGUGUAUAAGGGCAGAUUGGAAGUGGACAUUCCGCAGGACACGAAAGUCGACGAUGAUGAAGUCUUCAAAAAACCAGAGCCGAUCAAGCGAAGGACGAACGAAAUGGAAAAAAUUGCUGAAAAUGGUGACGAAGCGAUCGAAACGAGUGAAGCUGGCUGCACAGCUGUCAUCAACCCGCCAAAAGACGCUGAUAUUCUCGCAAUCACACUCAAUUGCGAAAAGGAGAUCAAAGACGCGUUUUUUGUGAAACGAAUAUUCGAGAAUAGUGACCAACAACAAUUCAUGCACUCGAUUUCGCAGUUUCACGAUAUAUUUUUGGAUGGUAUGGACUCAUAUAAGAUCAAUAUGUCCAUUCCACAAACCGCCGUGAAACCAAAGUUGGCAACUCUUGAUGAUAUUAAAAACGCAUUGGAUAUAAAGCACGAGCAACAAUUGCAAAUUAACAAAGAGCUCUAUGAAGGAUUUGAGAUGAUCAUUCUGAAUAAUUAUACAAUGAUGGUGAACGCCUUGUCGCAACCAAAAGUCGAUAAGGACAUUCUUGAGCUCGUGAAAUUGUACAUAAAAGAUGCGAAAAACUUCUGCCUUCAAUCGACGCAAUUCGCAAAGAUGUUCGAGCAAAAGAAGGAUUAUUCCCGAAAACGUUUGAGCGAAGUAUGCACAACAUAUCUCGCAGAGAAGAAUGAGAAUAUCUCGGUUAAUAUUUCGAAAUCCCAUUGA